AUGCCGCCACAAUGGAGCGCUCCCAAAGCUAAGGUCGGUCUUGAUUCCCUGGCUCCAGUCUCUCGCGACGGUCUCAUAUGCGAUCAACACAGGCUUGCUGUUCAGCGACUACGCACGCUCCAGCAGAAGAAAGAGGCACAGGCCAAGGCUUCCCGACGCGAUAUCGCAACUCUUCUUGAGAAGGGCAAAGUCGAAACGGCACGCAUCAAGGUCGAGAGCCUUAUCAAUGAAGAUAUCCACGUCGAGCUACUUGAGCUCCUGGAGCUGUAUUCCGAACUGCUACUCGCAAGAUUCGGUUUAUUAGAUCAAAAUACGCGGGAACCGGACCCCGGCGUUAGCGAGGGCGUAUGCAAUAUAAUACAUGCCGCCCCGCGGACAGAACUCAAAGGCAAGCUACUGUUUUGUGGACGGGAUUUGUCCCUGUCAGGCUUGGUACUGACGUUAAUGUCGAUAUCUGUAGAGUUGCACGUCCUGCGCGAGAUCUUGAUGCAUAAGUAUGGACGAGAAUUCUCCAUCGCCGUGAUGGAAAACCGGGACGGACGUGUCAGCGAUCGGGUGAUCAAUAAAUUAACCGUCGCCCCACCAUCGCUGGAGUUAGUCGAUGCGUACAUGACGGAAAUUGCGAAAGCUUACAGCGUGGACUGGGCCCCUCCGAGCUCCUCAAAGCAGAAUCCUGAAGGCGGUGACAAGGAAACGUCCUCCGCCGAUCAGCCGUCUGCGGUAAUAGCAGUUCCUGACCUCAGCAACGACGUCAAACCAGCGCCCAACCCGCCAGAUCUUCCGCCGAUAGAAGGCACAAACGAGAAGAAUACACCCACAAAUGCGAAGAGCGUGUCCGACAAGAGCAAAUCACCCUCAACGUCACCUCCCAAGAAAGACGAGGAAGAAGACGAUUUCGACGCGUUGGCAAAACGAUUCGCCGCACUCAAGAAGCGGUGA